AUGCUCUUGAUCAUAUCGAAGUUUGUUAGUCAAGUAGCGGUCCGUUCCAGUCCCAUCCUGAAAAUCCAAGAAGCGUCGACUUGUAGUUCAUCUCCAUCUGUUAGCACCGUGGUGUCAAAAGAAACAGCUCCGGUAGUUUCAAAUGGAGUACCGGAUUGCGAAUUCGAGGAGGUGAAUCGUCAGCUUAGUGUUGCACAAGCUGCCCUAGUUGAGUCCGAAAUGAAGUUGCGAUCUCAGCUUGAGGAGACGGGUAAGAAAGAGGAAACCAUUCGUAAAUUGGAGAGCGAAGUUGCACGGUGUACCGAUAACCUGCGAAUCACUGAAAAUGAGAUGAUGCAAAUGCAAGAACGUCUGCGGCAACUGUCGGAAUCAGCUAACGAUCGUCGGAUGGAGCAGGAAUUGCGAGUACAGCGCGAGGUUGUCCGCAGUCUUGAGGAAAAAUUGGCCAAGGCUCGUGAUGACGAGGCAGCUGCUAAGCUCGAAGUGCGUGAGGUGCUCAAUAAGCUUGCAGAAGAGAAGGAAGCGAGUCGGAGGCAGGCCAUGACUAUUGGGGAUCAGAAACGAGAGAUCGAGGCGUUACGAAUGAAGAUUUCUGAUCAGAGUUCUAAAGAGGAUGAGCUCACGAGAAAAUUGAAAAAGGCACUCGAGGAUAGAAAGGAGAAUGGCUUUUUCCAGGAAUCUCUUUCGCUUGCCAAGCAGUCCGAAAUGGAAAUGGAAAAGCGGUUGGAACAAACAAUGAAGCAGGUUGAUCAACUUCGCCGUGAACUUUACCAAGAGACGAAAAAGAAGUCCGACAUCCAAGCUGAGUUGACGAAUGUGGCAAAGAAACUUGCCGGAAUUACGUCGAAUGAGCGAUACCUUGCCGAAGAAAACAUGAAAUUGAAGCGCGAACUCCAAGAUUAUGAAGUACGAUUGGAAGUGCUGAAACAGGAGAACUGUAGUUUGGAAUAUCGAUUGAGUAACUCUCAGGAAGAGCAAAGUAGGGAUCAACAAUGCAUUAGUUUGUACCAAAGUGAGAUCAAGAUGGCUCAUGAACAUGCAGAGGAUCGUGGGAAGUUGCUCAGGAAUUCUGUUAUCGAGCUGGAGAAAGUCGCCGAUCAGUACAAGAGUCUUGUUGAAAAUGAACGUUUGGCAAGGCAGAUAGCUGAGACUAAUGUGAACGAGUUUGACAAGGAGAAGACCAUGCUGAAAGAGGAGGAGAUUCAAGCCAAGGACAUGCAGAUAGCCAUUUUGAGUGAAAGAGAAUCCGAGUUGGAGCUGUCACGUUCGAUGACUCAUCUCAACGAAAAGGCAGCGGAAAUUGAAGAGGCCGAAGCGGUGAUUGCCGACUUGAAGAGGAAGCUUGAUCUUGAAAAGGCGCACAAGAGAGCUGUUAUCGUAAAGCUUGAGGAAGAGAUGGCAAAACGAGUUGACAAGAAGGGAGGAAAGCAUGUAACAAAGGCUGAUCUGUUGAAGAAAGAUCGCGAAAUCAUUCAUCACCAACAAGAAAUCCGCCGUCUUGGAAUCCAACUUGACGAGGUCUACAGUGACAAGGUGCGAAUGAUGACUGACAUGACCAGAGAGUUGGAAGAGGAGCAAAGGGAUAAUGAUGCGUUACGAAUGGAAGUGAAAGAGCUAAAAGAAGAACUUAAUGAGAUGAAGCGACGACGGGAUGGCACCAUCGAUGAGACACGAUCGGUCGAUUCACGCGACAGUAUACCCCAUGCGAUACGUGAUCUUCCACACUCUGGCUGGGUGUCAAUGAAGCCAGAAAAGAGAAGCGCUGGAAGUCGGAAAAUAAAGUGGGUAAACUACUACGCAGUUCUGAACUCCGUUGCCUUCCAAUUGUUCCCUGACGAAAAGCCACAUUCAGCUGCUGUCAUGUCGAUAGAUACCCGCCAACUAUGUCAUGUUCGGUUGGUUACGGCAGCCGAUGUCCGUGUUGCUGAUGCGGAACAGAUUAGAAGGAUAUUCCAUAUUAUGUUCGAUGACCGUGAUAGUGGCUCUACAAGUCGAAAUGCCUCAACAAAUGAUUUGAGCGUCACGUCGGCUUCACAGAAAGAUGAAUCCUGGAAGAGCCAUGACUUCCAAGAGUUGACGUUCCAUAUGAGCACCUACUGUGAUAUAUGUAGCAAGAAGCUAUCCGAUCUCGUCCGACCACCACCAGCUUAUGAAUGCAAAAACUGCCGGUUGAAGAUUCACAAAGAUCACGUCAAUACACCGCAAUUGACUGUCUGUAAAUACACUGGUGUUGUUCGAGAAUGGUUAUUGAUGGCGUUGACAAAAGAAGAAUGCAAUCAAUGGGUGAGUCCUGCUGCAGAGAGUGAUGGCGACGCAGAGCUCCAAUCCGAUAUCCCGUGUGUCGUCGAAAAUUCGCCACCAACCGUCGCAUAG